AUGUGGCAAAGGUGCAGAUUCAAAAUGUAAAAAGAUUUUGAUUGGUUUUAAGAUAUAAAAUAUAUUUAAAAAAAUGCUUUUGGAUGUGGGGCUGAAUAUGAUUUGAAAUUCAAGAAUAGUAUUUAAAGCCUAAAAGAAGGUUGA